UUGUGCAAUGUCCAGUUAUUAUCUAUGACUUAGAAAUCUUGUCGAAUUCAAACGAACAGAUAAAUGCACUUGAUUGUCACUUUUCAUAAUUAUUGUUCGUAUCAAGUGACCAUGAAAUUUACCGAAUAGUCAGAUAAUCACUCGACCUUAAAAAUCACAAAUUAUAUUGUCAACCUACGAACAUAAUUUACUUCAUUUGCUUUACAUUCGAAACUAACAAAGCAAAUUCCGAUUUCCGGUUUAAAAAAAUGUCUUUUACCAACUUGUAAUAUUGCAAUUUUUAUUCAGGCAACUCUUUGUUAGCUUAGCUUGAAAGUGUCUGAAAGACCAUAGCCAGUGACGAAUGUGUGAACGUGUCAAACUACUACUUAUGCAGAAUUUAUUCUAAGUCUAAUAUACGAUUAAAUGACAGGGUAUCGUGUUAUCCACAUUCCGCUCGGUUUCUCUGGUUACAAUGCUUUCGACGCGUCCUUAAUCGAUACGAACUCUCCACUUUGACAUUUUCGAUCUCUGUCGAUAGUUCGAUUUACUACAAAUCGAUUGUACGCGCUUGCGGCUCUUUCGUCCGAUUACGUAAAAGAAGAAUACGAAUAUAAUCAUAGUUAUAUCUGUCAAUCGUUAAAAUCGAUUUCUAUACUAUCCCUGACAUUAAGUUUCCGACGCAGCAGUUCCGAGCUAACUGAAAAUGCCGAGGUCUUUGUGUGUCAGAUGCAAAAUAUUACGAUAUAAGCGUAAAACAUAUGGGGAAUUAAUUAAAAUGAAAUUAAUUUUUUGCUAAAAAGAACAAACACGUACUGAACAGGAGAAAUACGUAUUUUUUAAAUAAAAUACUCGUCAUAUUAUAUUUGCUCUGACUACACUAUAGAAAAACUGGUAUUGAUAAUUUACAAAUUGUAAAAUUACACUAAUAAUACUAGUUUAAUUGCACAAAAAGGCUGUCUGUUGUGUCGUGAUUUGUCAGUUUAUUUCGUUCGAUUUGUUUCAAACGUUUUCCUUUAAAAAUCCUUCCAGACUUUAUCGUUUCCUCAACAAGUUACUUUUGCAACAAGCGUUUGUCGUUAAAAAGAAAAAGCCGUCGAUCAUGAUAAAAUUGAACAGAAAUUUUCGGAGUGACGUUAAUCGGUCUUUAGAAAAGCUAAGUAAGCUUUAACUCGUUCUCACGCAUCGAACGUUACGUAAAUGAUUCAUUCAUUCAGUUGAACGUACUAAUUGGCAAGCAUUUGUGUUGAAGAUUCGUAAACCAACGGAUGUUUUAAUUUCAAAUACAAUUUUGCUAAUAGCUAGGGAACAAAUAAUAUACGAUGUUUAGAACAUGGUGUUAUGAACGAAACAGGAAAUGUUCUCAAUUUAAACGCAGAAGAAUAUUAAGCUUCUAUUUCUGGCAAAUUUACCUCUCCCGAAAUUACUUAAAUUACGUUACGAGAAACGAGGAACUUCAACUUUUAUACUAUUUUUGCGCUUGUUAUCAUUUCAGAGAUAAGAAAACUCUUAAAAGAGAAUUAUCUUAUCCCUCUUAUAAAUCAUCCUUUUUUGACAAAACAUUGCAUAUAUUUCGUACAAUCGUGCACACCAACCAACGUAAUAACUAAUUAUUAUUAAAUCGAUGGAAUAUAAGAGAUUCUAUAGUCAGGAGUAAAAGAAAAGUUGUGCUGAAAGCUUUGUUUUUGAGAAGAUUAAUUUGAAAACGUGUAUACACGCGUGUUUAACUAAUUCUCAUCUGGCAAGGAAUAGACAAUUGAUAGAAGGUUACCCUAACUUUAUUCUGAAAUAAGUCGAAGAUAUCAAAUUUUCUGUGUGAAGUCACGAGCUCGAAGUUUCCAAGGAAAUCGAACUUGAAAAUUUACAACAUCAUCGCCCAGCAGCAGAAAUUGUGCAGGAUCAUGGGCGCGAAUGCUGCCACCUACACAUCCUGCUGCAAAAGAUAUUCAAAGGAUAUACAGAGAAAUCCACGAAGUGUCUGGAGAUGUCAUACCUAUCAAUAUGGUGAAAGGUAUCGGCCAUUUGAGGGACCCUCGACUUAAUAAGGGAUUGGCAUUUACUUUGCAAGAAAGAAUAUCCUUAGGUAUACACGGCUUGCAACCACCAAGAUUCAAAACUCAGGAAGAACAAUUGGCUCUGUGCAAGGCCUCGGUCAUGAAGUAUACCGAGGAUUUAAAUCGGUAUCUUUAUCUCGUGGAAUUGCAGGAAAGAAACGAGAGAUUGUUUUUUCGUCUAUUAAGUGAAAACAUCGAGCAGAUGAUGCCAAUCGUAUAUACUCCUACCGUCGGAUUAGCCUGUCAGAAGUUCGGCGUUAUCUACCGCAGACCUCGUGGAUUAUUUAUCACAAUAUAUGAUAAAGGUCAUAUUUACGAGAUCUUAAACAACUGGCCUGAGCAAGCGGUUCGUGCAAUUUGCGUAACAGAUGGAGAGAGAAUUCUUGGUCUCGGUGAUCUCGGCGCUUGUGGGAUGGGAAUUCCGGUAGGAAAAUUAGCUCUUUACACCGCCCUGGCUGGCAUAAAACCGCACCAAUGCCUACCAAUCACUAUCGACGUCGGCACAAAUAACGAACAGCUGAGAGACGAUCCUCAUUAUAUUGGUCUUAACAAACCCAGAAGUCAAGGCGCUGAAUAUGAUGAAUUGAUCGAUGAAUUUAUGGCUGCUUGCGUGAAAAAAUAUGGCCAAAAUGUUCUCAUUCAAUUCGAGGACUUCGGAAAUCACAAUGCCUUUCGUUUCUUAGAUAAAUAUCGUGACAAGUAUUGUACGUUUAACGAUGAUAUACAAGGUACUGCCGCAGUUGCGGUUGCUGGAAUUUUAGCAUCGAAAAGAAUAACCAAGAAAUCUAUGUCCCAAAAUAAAUUCGUAUUUUUGGGUGCCGGUGAGGCAGCUAUUGGAAUAGCUGACCUUUGUGUUAAAGCGAUGGAAGCAGAUGGUUGUACCGAACAGGAAGCUCGUGAUAAUAUUUGGAUGAUGGAUAUUGAUGGAUUGCUCGUUAAAAAUCGACCAGAAGGUAACCUGGAAGGUCAUAAGAUCUGGUAUGCGAAAGAUCACAAAGUAAUGAAAUCACUAUUGGAAGUUGUAAAAGAAGUGAAACCAACUGUUCUAAUUGGUGCUUCAGCAGCAGCAGGAGCAUUCACUCCUGAAGUCUUGAAAGAAAUGGCCAAAAACAAUGAAAGACCUUUGAUCUUUGCAUUGAGUAAUCCAACUAUCAAAGCAGAGUGCACGGCUCAACAAGCUUACGAUCAUACAAAUGGAAAAUGCAUUUUCUCGUCGGGUUCUCCGUUUGGCGAAGUGCACUAUAACGGAAAAGUAUAUAAACCCGGACAAGGAAACAACGCGUACAUUUUUCCUGGAAUCGCAUUGGGCGUCAUCAUGACUGGAUGUCAUCACAUUACAGAAGAUUUAUUCCUGAUCUCUGCUCAAGCUGUUGCUGAUCACGUGAAAGACGAAGAUCUCGAAGUGGGCAGUCUCUACCCACCGUUAAGCACUAUUCGCGAAUGUUCAAUUGAUAUCGCCGUACGAAUUGCUGACUACGCUUACGCUAAAACUGGCCUGGCAAGUGAGUAUCCAGAACCAAAAGACAAACGCGAAUUUAUUGUAAGUAAGAUGUACGAUGCUAACUAUGACAGUCCACUGCCAAAUCUUUAUGACUGGCCAGGAGAUUAUGCCAAACCACGUGUUUUGCCAGAUAAAGACACUGUAGAAAUCCGCCACGAUUUAAAACAUCUGUAGCGGAUUUCACCUGGCGGAAUAUUCAGAAGCUAUCAUUAUUACCAUUAUCAAUAAAAAUAUCGCUGUAUCCUGUAUUGAAACUAUAAGACAGGUCGUGACACAAGUACAGGCAACAGUGCGGUUGUAAAACAAUUUUAAUUGUAAGGACUGUUACUCUGUCAGUGACUAAUGCCAGUGCUUUUACCAUAUAACUUGCACGAGGUGUUAAGCACGAGAAACAGUUACAUAGUGCUAUUAUUACAGCAUCGAAUGUCUCAGUAAGCUAACAUUGCAGUAUUUUAACGUCCUCCUUCAUCCCAUAUGCAAUAUUAGGAUUGCUAGUUUAUCGUUCAAAACCGUACUAGGUAUUAACCAGUGAAAGUAUUUAAAGAAAGUUUAUAACGUUGUUAUUCACCUCUAUGCCCUACAUUUAUGUUGCAUAAAAGAAAGACACAAAAACCGAUAUGACACAUGGCGGUACGCCUGCAUAGUACGUUUAUGAUUUUAUAUUAUACACACACAUACCUAAGUAUACAUAUACAACAAACAUAACGUAAUAAAAUUAAGUAUAUAUUUGAACAGUGAAAUUUUUCGAUCGUAACAUUGAUAACAAAUAAAAUUAAAAAUUUCACGAAUACAUACGAUUGUUUCUAAGUAUGACUAGAAAUUUCAUUUUUUCUUUUUUUUCAUUUAUAUUUCGAGGGAUUCCCUCUGAAAGAUAUUUUAUAAAUAACAUUUUUUUCGACAUAGAAACGAAUUUUUGUAAAAAUCAAAUACAUAUUGUACUGUAUGUUUAAGGUUACCCGAUUUUUCCUUUUCGGACGAUGCCAAUAUGUCCCAAUCUCCUCUCACCCUGAAGAGUCAAUCUACUUCCCCAAAAGAAAUCCCAAUCAAAUUGAACAAAUGUACGGUCCAAAGAUGAUUGGUGCACUUGAAGCACACUUUAGUGCUGUCACAUUUUUAUUUUGCCAUAUUUUAUAUAUACUUUUAAUAAAUAAACAUCAUUCUAUAAAUAAGAAAGGGAAAAGAUAGUAGCGAGAUUGUGCAAAACAACUGUCAUUUGUGACUUUUAAUACAACACGUUUGAUCGUUGCUUUUGCAAUUAGUAUCCGUUUCAAAUUAUAGACAAAUUUAUCUUAGGUUUGCUCAAAUAUAUUCGCGCGUAAGUGAAUAACAUUUUACGGGUAAAAUAAUGUAAUGUUUAAAGCUACCGAUAGCACAUACCGAUAUAAUCGGAAACUGGUUUCGAGUUUGCUAUUUGGAUGUCUGUAUAAAUCAUGUCAUAUGUAAAAAGUAUUUUACAAACGAUAAUGAGAUCAUUAGAUAUGUAUUUCAUAUCCUAAAAUAUACAUGCAGUUACAUAUUUGUUCCUGAAAUAUUUUCGGUGUUUAUACUUUUCGGGCAAUUGUUGUAUAAAGCAAUUCUAUACAAAUCAAAUAGAACGACUUAUUUUUCUCUACGUAUCAAAGAGUGUCUAUUUUCACGAAGACGUAUUAAAAACGCGCUAUAUAUAGAUAUCAAUAUUUUAUUCUAGAUUUGUAACGAUAUAUUUUGUCGAGUUUCGCAUGCUCUGUCCGAUAUAAAAUUCCGAGAAACCGCACGAAACGUAUACUAUACAUGCAUAAAAUGUGUUUGUAUGUGUCAUAUAACAUGUAAUUGAUCGUUAGUUAGCCAAAAUGCCGGUUAUUGAGCCCGGAUACAAUGCGUGAGAAUGUUUGCUACUACGAAUUUCGUUGUUUACUUUUACACUUUAAAAUGUCACAGUGAGUUUAGCCAAGUGACGAAAUCUCGGUGUCGAGUAAUAGUACAUUAGAGCAGCGAUUGGAAGAGAUAUAUUCAUGUUCCAAUCUAAUUUCUUAUGUAUGUAGCUGAAUACAGUCGCAAAUCGUCACUUAGUUAAGCGUAACACGUUAAUAAAGUAUUAUUACACUAUUACUAACCGUGUUCUUCUCCCAACAGAUUAUGACGUGUUGGCGAGUUGAAAGACAAGACGACUGCUCUGACGUAUAUACAGUCGUUUUAAGUUAAUUCGAGUCAAAUUUCAAACAAAAUGACUCAAAAGAUGGCUACACUCCUAUAAUCCUUUAAACAAAAGUUUUAUUCUGAUACAUCAGGAAAUUCAGUUCUUAAUCCAACUUUUUUAAGUGCUGAUAAUCUGUACUUAUUUAUUAUUAAUUUAAAGCCACAAUUAUAUUUUAUAUAUCUACGUAGGCUGUUCACUAAUUUCAGAUCCGUAUCUCUAUUUAUUUUAUUUAUUUGUAACUUUUAUUUUUACUUGUAUUUAAAUUGAAUGACUAAUGUAUGUAAAUCAAAAAGUAUUAUUAUAUUGUGAUACUUUCUUUUUGAACACUUAAAGAAGAAAUUAGUGAAUAGUUAUUGCUUGUAGGAAUUACGUCAAUAUAUUGCUGAUAUAUUAUCUAUCAUUUGAAUUUCUAUUAAUAUAUGAACAAAUUUUUUUCAAAAAUUGCAAUCUAAGUAAUCGUGUGAAAUUUAGUAUGACAUAUUAUAUUCUAAAAAAGGCGAUAUCUAUAAUCAUCAAAAGAGUAAAAAUUUCUAAACACGAAGAUAUAUUCUGUUCUGUUAGGUAUACUAUGUAAGGCCACAUAUGUAUGUAUGUAAAUUGUCACUUCGUUUGUUCGAUUUUAUCAUGGUUUUAUAUUGCAUUAACAAACACUGUCAUCAAGAAAAAAAGAUAGAAAGGCAACAUUGUAAAAACCAUGUUUUUUGUACUAUAUUGUAAUUGUCACUUUUAAGUUAAGUAAAUAUACAAAAGUAAAAAUUCUGUCACAAGAUUCCUAUAUGUUCCGUGAAAUAGAAACUUUGAUGAACAACAUGGAUUUGAUUAUUACUAUCGCGUGACAAAUAUAACAAAACACCUCUCUUCUAAAUUAUUCUGAAUUAUAUCAGAUUACACUAUUACAAAGGUGAAAAAUGGCUAAAAAAAUGAAUACGGGUCCGAUUGGAUAUUUUCACAUUAUUUCCUACAACUAUUUCUAGUAGUCCUAAUACAAUCACGAAGACAAACACGCUUAUUGGUGGAAAACGUCACAUAUCAAGACCAUAUAGCAACACGUGACAGCGAACAAUAAAGACCAGUAUGUACUUCCCUUGCCCCUGUGCCGUCCCGCUAGCCAUUUCUCAUCUCUGUAUUAAUGUAUGCAUAUUACCUAGAACGGGAGGAAUUGAAAUUAUUCAAAUGCAACUAUGUGCUCAUUAGAAUUUGUUACUGAAUGUGUACAUUAAACACUAAAGAAAGCUAUGAAUAAAUGUUAAAUUAUGGUCGUUAA